AUGAUUCUAGGGCGGAAAUUGCGGGUUGAAUGGGAAGAGAUUCCGGAAAAUCGAGAAAAAUUGGCACUCAUCCGUCAGAAAAAUCGCUCGAACUCCACAGUACCACCGACACAAGACGAGAACUCGCCGAUACCGAAAGAGCAAAUCGAUAAUCAACUUGAAGACAAGAACAAACCCUAUGGAACAAUCGAGCUACAAGCGAGCAACAACGCAAACGACCGCAUCCUGAAUCCCAGCCAACAUCCGACGCUCAGCGACGGCAAACUGAAGCACCAACUACCGCCGGAAAUGACCAUGGUCAGCAACAAACCGCUGAAUCAGAUACACCGAAGGAGUAAGCUCGAAAAAUGGUUGCCGGGAAACGUUGGUCCAAAGGAACCGAAAAACUGCGGAAAGGCUCCAAAUAUCACGAGCGAAAGCGUGCACGAAGCCGCAAAAAGUGUUUCAUGUUCCCAGGACCCAAGCUGCGAUCGAAAUUUGCAACUGGCCGGAUCACCCCUAUCAUCUAUGCGCUACAACGGAUCCAAGCCUUCCCAAGCACUGGAAUGGCCUACCGUGUCUGGGACCCCGGAGGACUUUAAACAGCUAAACCACCAA